GAGGAGGAGGAGGAGGAACAACAAGAGCCAUCAUUUCCAAUGAAAUUAGAGCAACAAUCCUAGACCAUGUUCUGGUUCAUGGAAUGAGUAUGAGGGAAGCAGGACUACGUGUUCAACUAAACAUAAGCAGGUUCUCUGUGGCCUCCAUUGUCAGGACAUUCAGAGAAGAAAACAGGUAAGUGGACUACCCUCAAACUUACAGUACAGUAUGUACAGUCGUGGAACGUCUCAGUAAAUUACUGUAGCAUAUCUCUAGAAAUUGGCCCUUUUCUUGCAGUGAUAUACUUGUAUAAUAGUAUUUUAUGUCUUGUACAUAUUUGGUGACAUUUCAAUGCAUUAGGCCUGUCUGUACAUUUAUAACAAGAGGUUUUAUUUGCUAGAAUUGAAAGACUGCCACAUACCGGUGGAAGGAGACGUAUGUUCUCACAACAGCAGGAGACCAUUAUUGUCAACAUGGUCCUUCAAAAUAAUCUCAUUCAUCUGCGUGAAAUACAACAGCAAGUUGAGGAAGACAACAUGAAUUUUGAAGGAAUCAACAGUGUGAGUCUCUCCACAAUUGACCGUGUCCUGAAACGCAAUAUGAUAAGUCUCAAAAAAGCCUACAGAGUACCAUUUGAGAGAAAUUCUGAAAGGCUAAAAGAGCUUCGAUAUCAAUAUGUACAAAGAAUGUUUCAACUGGAUUCCAUGGAGAGGCCUCAUGAGUGCAUCUUCUUGGAUGAAGCUGGCUUCAAUCUCACUGAGAGGAGAAGGAGAGGCCGCAACAUUAUUGGUCAACGUGCCAUUGUAGAGUUGCCAGGGCAGCGUGUUGGCAACGUGACCAUAUGUGCUGCCAUCAGCAGCUACGGGGUUAUUCACCGCCAUGUAACUCUAGGGCCUUACAACACUGCCCAUCUUCUAACGUUUCUGUGUGCUCUACAGGAAGCACUACUGAGACGUGAACAGAGAGGUGAUGAGCAGGCCGAGCAUCCCAUGUAUGUGGUAAUCUGGGACAAUGUGAACUUUCACCGUGGUCCUAGAAUUCCUGAGUGGUUUGAUAAUAACCCACGUUUUAUAAAUGUGUGCCUCCCACCAUACUCGCCCUUCCUUAAUCCCAUUGAACAAUUUUUUUCUGCAUGGAGGUGGAAGGUCUAUGACAGAAAUCCUUAUGUACAGGAACAUCUCAUUCAGUCAAUGGAUGCAGCAUGUGACAACAUUGGAGUGGAAGCGAUUCAAGGUUGGAUUCGGCAUGCUAAAGGAUUCUUUCCCCGUUGUUUAGCGAGGGACAGGAUUGCCUGUGAUGUUGAUGAGGUCCUGUGGCCUGACCGUGCCCAGAGGCAUGAUGCUGAGGCAGAAUGACUCCAAGACAUAGCUUGCUAUCGAUCUGCUGCAUAUUUUGUUUGUGACUACAUUUAUAUGUGUGCAGGAUUGUGAAAGUACUUCAUAAUGAAUAUAAUUUUUCCCCUGCUCUGCCCUGAGUGUAGUGUUUUGCAUUUAUCUCUGUAGUGUGUAAUGAAUGUUGUUUAGUGUUUAUGCAUUAGCUGGAUGUGUGUGUGUGUGUGUGUGUGUGUG